AUGAAGAGCGCCAACAGCCACACCUUCAUUGUGUUAAUCAUUCAGGGGGUUGCUGAUAAGGCUCUAACGCCAAUAUCAGAGCAAAGUUUUGAACGUCCACGAACUGACGAUGCUUUGCGUUCCAGACGUGACCUUCAGGCGGCCUUGUGCUGCUACGUCGGAGACACCCUCCUCUACAUCGACACGGUGAGGGAAUUCUGCGAGGGGAGCCAGAAAUGGACGCUUCGGAGGAAGACGGAGUUGGAAAUGAUGACGGACAUCAAAGACCGGGCCGGCCGCAUCGACUUAACCAUCGACCACGUCAGGCAGUCGGAGCGCCGCUUUCAGGCCUUUUUGGAAUACGUGGCGAGCAAAGUCACCCAGGGGACCGCAGACCGCCGGGGCGGCGCUGAGGAGGAGCUGGCCGCCGUGCUGGAGGACACUCUGGGGGGUCUGCAGCAGCUCGAGUCCUUUCUGGAUGCGCUGGAGAACCUGGCGGUCACCUCGAGUCACGUGUUCGCGUUGGAGAACCGGGUCCUCCGCCUGCCGGAGGGGAUCCGACCCGAAGACGUUCAGCUGGCCAUCUUUGCGUCGCGGAUGAUCUGCCCUCGCCUCCUCGGGUUCAAGAGAGACGCGAGCAGCUUCUUCCUUCCCAAACUUCAGAAUGUGGAGGUGCUGUGGUACCAGCUGAACGAAUACGUGAAGACCACCCAGGACAUCUGUGGGACGCUAGAGAAAAGCUGCCUCAGUGACUUCUCCAUGGAGAUGAACGAUGAAUCUCUGGUGGACCUCGACGUGGAUUUGUCUGAAGAUGCCGUACAAAAGAUGCUUUCUCAAAUUAACGAGCUUGAUCAAAUCAGAAUGAACCGGAGCUUCCGGACGGUGUUCUUGUUUCGGGGGCCGUGCUCCCACUUCAUCGCCGAGUUCCAGGAGCGCCGGCCCGGCAUGCUGCGGUCGCUGACCGACCUGGAGGCGAGCGCCGUGCAGCUCGACCGCAUGAACACGGGGGCCAAGAUCUCCAGCGUGGCGGGCAGCUCGGUGGGCGCGGUCGGGGGCGUGCUCUCCAUCGUCGGCUUGGCGUUGAUCCCCGUCACCGCCGGAGUGUCUCUGGCUCUGACGUUGACCGGGGUGGGGCUGGGGGUCACCAGCGGGGUCAACGGCGCGGUCACCGCCGCCACGGAGAUCGGCGUGAACCGCAAACAUCAAAAGAAAACCGGCGAGAUCUUCCGGAGCUUCGUGGAGGACGUGCAGCGGCUGCAGGAAUGUCUGGAGCAGGUCGCCCGGAGGGACGCCGACGGGCCCGACGCCGGGGUUCAGGGAGUCGGCGCGGUGGUCCUUGGAGUCGGCGGCAUCGGGAAACGUGUCGGCGGCAUCGGGAAACGUGUCAACAUGCUUGUCGAUAGCGCCUCGGCUUUAAAGGUGUUGAAAGCAGAAGAGCUGGCCGCCAGUGCGGGCAAAGUGGCGUUGCAGGAAGGGAAAGUGUUGCGCAACGUGCCCAAGGCGAUGGCAGAUCUCCCCGAUAUCGGCAAGGCGGCGCUCACGGGGCCCCUCGCCCUCUCCAAAUCGGCGAGGGCCGGUUUGAUGGCGCUCAACGCCCUCUUCCUCGGCCUGGACGUCUUCUUCAUCUGUAAGGACAGCGUCGGUCUGGCCAAAGGCCGCAAAACCGAGCUGUCGCGGUUCAUCCGAGCCCGAGCCGCCGUCUGGCGCUCGGAGGUGGAGUCGUGGCAGAAGAUCCACGACUCGCUGAGCGAAGGUCUGCCGACGUCGGAGGAGAACGAAGCCGCCCUGGAGACGCCGUUUUAUCCGGAGAGGGAAACGGGAAAGGACCUUUCCUUCGAUGAAGUGGAUGAAGAAGAAGAAGAGGAACAAUGA